CAUGGUCCCAAACCAUGCAAACCACGACAAGAUCGAUCCUUGCUUGCUCAACAGCUAUUCCUCUGAUCAUUCUCCUUAUAGAAUCUUUAGCAUAGCAAGCAUCUAAAAUCAUGCGAUCUCGACCUAUCCAUCAACUCCUGCACCUCCGCCGCAACCCUAUCCGACCGGUUGUCCUCCCCUCCCAUCCGAUCUCCGUCCGAACAUCACUCGCUCCCAACUGGACGUCGUCGUCAUCAACACAACCUUCCCCCUUCCUCUCCUCUACCGCCUCCUUCCACACCUCUCCUCGCCAUCAGAACGAACGAUCCAACCUCCCACCUCAAUCCCCGUUCAAGGUCUUCGUUCAGACGCUCAAAGAGGAGAUUCAGAAGAACCGAGAGUUGCAGGAAGAUGUCAAGAAGCUUCAGGGAGAUGUGGACAAGUUUGCGGAUAGCGAGGCCAUGAAAAAGGCUAGGGAGGCUUAUGAGAGGUCGAGGAUCGUCGCCUCGAUCAAGGAAAACCCCAAACUCCGAGCCGCCGCUGAAGAGAUGAAACGACAAGGUCUCCGAAUCUCUGACGGUGUCUCCGACGCAUUACAACAAGUGGAAGAUUCCGAGUUCAUGCGUCAACUCACCAAGACGUCCGCUGCGAUCUCUCAGGGUGUCACUACCGCCACGGCCCCCGUGAGGAACACGGCUGCCUACAAGGCUUUGAGCGAGAGCGUGGUAGAAGCCUUCGAGGAGAGUUCGAGGUACGGAGGGUACGAGGACAGGGAGGUCAGGAGGAAACGACGGGAAGAGAGGCUCAAGAAGGCGGGGUUGAGCGGCAAGAGGAAACGGGUGGAAGCCAACCCGGAAGCUGGAGAGGCUUUGGUCCUCUCCUCCACACAAGAACCCGAGGACACCUGGUCUCAACGCCUGAAACGCAGUGAAGCGUACCAACGUUGGCAGGAACAGUAUUACGAGUCCGAGAACCCCGUCGUGUCCACCCUGCGGAGCGUGACAUCGACCGUAGGAGGAUGGUUUGAAGAGAACGAGACGGCGAGGGUGAUCAGGAUGAUCAGGGCGUUGGAUCCGGAUUUCCAGAUGGAGGCGUUCCAGCGGGAGUUGAGGGAGUAUAUCGUCCCCGAGGUGGUGGAUGCGUAUUUAAAUGCGGACAAGGAGAGCUUGAAGAUGUGGUGUGGGGAGGCUACAUACAACAUGUUGUGGGCAACGAUGGAACAGUACUUGAAGCAGGGCCUCGUAUCGGACAGCCGAGUCCUGGAUAUCCGUAGCGUAGAUAUUUCCACCGGCAAGAUCCUCGAGAACGACGUUCCCGUCUUCCUCGUCACGUUUGCCACGCAAGAGAUCCUCCUCUUCCGAUCCGCCAAGGACGGCAAGGUCGUCGUCGGUCGUCCGGACGGGGUCGAGUCGGUCGUCUAUGCGGCCGUGUUGACGCUGGAAGAGAGCGAGCUGGAUAACACCGAGACGGGCGGGUGGAAGGUCAUGGAGAUGGCACGAAGAGGUGGUGCUUGAGGAUAAGGUACCAGGGAAGAAGUGAAGGAUGGUCACAAUGGACCGAAUCACGGGCGAUGAGGAGAGGUCAGCCCGCUUUUAUAGUUGUACGCACAUACGUUGGGACCCCGCCACCAGCACAACGGGGUUCGAAAUCACGAGAGGCGUGUGGAUCGCGUAUUCCUACCCCACAUCGCAACCUGUAUUACGGAGCGGCCUUGUUGCGCUCUUUUACGAUGACUACACAAACACAAUUCGCAUCAUGA